AUGUGUCUCAUGUCGCAUGUUGGAUCGUUAUUUACAUGUGAAUCUGUGGGUAAGUAUGAAAACCUUUACGAAUACGAUCCAUUAUGGCGACAGAGUUUCGUUGGAUGUAUCAUGCUGAACAUUUUGCAAGAUAUGUUCAAAUUUAACCUAGGCUUUAUUCUCCGACACCGCUACAGUGGAGUCUUCAAGGCUUUCUACAGCCUUCCCUUCAGCACCACAGUAUGGCUGUGCAUAUAUGGGAGCAUGCUGUUUGGCUCCAUCUGCUUGUACGUGCUUAGCAAAUGGGAUACGAGCGUGUUUGGUGGUGAAUGCAGUUUUGCUUACGAACUACUGUUGGCCUUUUCGGCUUAUUGUCAACAUAUUCUGCCACUACAAGCAACAUCAAACUCUCGUCGGAUUGGCUAUCUAACCUUCAUCGUGUGCGCGUACGUCGUACACAGCUUCUAUACAUCCAACCUGCUCUCUCACCUUGUGAGCGAUAGAGGCAAAGCGAUGGAUUUGAAUGCACUCGUAGAGAGUGACUAUCAGUUCGCGUUGUUGAAAGACAUGAACCUUGAUACUGAUAGAAGGAAAUAUGAAAAAUCAAUGGACAAUAAUCUGAGCAUUGUGUGGAAGAAGUUGUUACAAGUACAUAUAAUGAAUUUAACGGCGGCGUUAGACGCCGUAAUAUAUACGAAAACGGCGCUGCUUACUGAGUAUUACACUAUAUAUCCCUGUUUGAGGAAAUAUCUGGACAGUGAAGACAUUUGCCAACUCGUUGAAAUAGAUCUCUACUCAAAAGUGAAACAAUUCUUUUUCACAAACAAAUCAUUUUUGUACAAAGAGGAGUUUAAAAUUGGAGCUCUUCGAGCCAAAGAAGCUGGGUUGAUGACGAAAAUCUUCAACAUAGAGAAGUUUUCACCAUUGAAAUGUGACGAUUCCAGAGGCGACUAUAAGUCCCAGUUUGAACACGCAGUGUCACCUAUAAUAAUCCUCUUCGCAUCCUAUAUGUUAGCUGUUCUCGUCUUGAUAGGGGAAAGGUUACACCAUCGGCUCAACAGAGUGUUUCCUUAUGUAGAAUAGUGCGAAAACGUUGUAUAGGGUUCCGUAGUUUUAAGCCACCAAUACCUAAUGAAUCUAUACUAAUAUUAUAAAGCUGAAGAGUUUGUUUGUUUGUUUGAUUGAACGCGCUAAUCUCAGGAACUACUGGUCCGAUUUGAAAAAUUCUUUCAGUGUUAGAUAGCCCAUUUAUCGAGGAAGGCUAUAUAUUAUCCCCAUAUUCUUACGGGAACGGGAACCACGCGGGUGAAACCGCGCGGCGUA